GGAAAAAACCUACAACAGCGUCGGCAUCUCCUUCUUCCUUCCUUCCCCUCUCCUUCACGCAGCCGUCGCCCCCUGCUCAGUCUCCUUUUCCGGUGAGACCCCGGCAACCAUAGGCGGAAGGCAGCAACGACUGGAGCCCACAUCCACUCAAACGCUAGCUCUGUCGUCGACGGUGGCUUAAGUUCACCCACUUUCUGACUUGCGACGCGAGCGCCACUUCAAAGGCUUCACCUAGGCCUUUGCAGCAUCGUUUCUUCUUCGUUCGAGACUCCGGCGCGAACAGCAGGUUGUUCAACACGUUUCUGAUGACUGUGUGGGUCUUGCAGCGGCGUUUCUGACUUAGGGGCAGGUUUUUGGCUGUUACCCACAUUCCGAUUAGUCUCAAAUCAGUUUACCCAUAAAUUUUAAGGUUCAGAUUUGCAAGUUCGGACGUUUUCGAACACGAAUCAGCAAGGUUCGGAGUCUUUUCCGUAAGAUUUGUUUUGGACUUUUUUGGAGUAAUCAGUUAAGGUUUAUGGUGGAUUUUGGGGGAAGAUCAAUAUACAGCAUAUGAAGCCAACUUAGAGUGUCAUUGGGGGGGACUGUGGACCGGUUGAAAGUUGUGAUUAAUUCUGACCAAAUCCCAUUGGCAAAGGGAUAUGAGAGGUCUACAGAUUUCCUUGAAUCAUACCCAGAAGAUUCGGCUUCAAAGAGCUCAAGAAAGGCUCGAGUCUCUUUCUUCGAAGGCCAAUUCUGAUGCUUCUGUUAUAGUUGCUGAUACUAUUCCUCUCAAUUACGAGGAUGGUGUCCUCAAGGGACAUGGGACCCUUGACUUGAAUGGAGAAGUAAUUGCCACUAUUUGUGGAGUGGUUGAGCGAGUCAAUAAGCUUAUCUAUGUACGUGCUUUACGUGCCAGAUAUAAACCGGAGGUUGGUGAUAUCGUAGUGGGACGUGUUACAGAGGUUGCUCCAAAACGUUGGAGAUUGGAUAUAAACUAUAGCCAAGAUGCAGUUCUGAUGCUUUCUUCGAUGAACUUGCCUGAUGGUAUUCAGAGGAGGCGAACUGCUGUUGACGAACUCAACAUGCGGAGUAUUUUUGAAGAAAAUGAUGUCAUUUGUGCCGAAGUACGUGGUCUUCAGCAUGAUGGGCUACACCUUCAAGCAAGAAGCCAGAAGUAUGGGAAGCUUGAACGUGGUCAGCUGCUUACAGUUCCAUCAUAUCUAGUAAAGAGACGCAAACAACACUUCCAUCAUUUGGAGCAAUAUGGUAUUGACCUAAUACUUGGAUGCAAUGGAUUUAUCUGGAUCGGGGAGCAUGUUGAUCCCACAGAGGAUAUGAUGAUAGAUGAUCAAAUUAAUAAAUCUGAACAAAAGGGUCCAAAAUUUGAAGGAACUUUUGAAAACCAAGUGCAACAAAGAGUAUAUACUCCAUUAGAGACACGACAAAACAUAUGCAGAACUGCAAAUGCGAUUCGAGUAUUGUCUAUCUUAGGUUUCAUAAUGACAGUAGAAGUCAUAAUGGAAAUAGUUAGUCUAAGUAUUUCUAUGAACAUCGAUGUGCAUGAAAUGCUUGGUUCAGAGUUCUGCGUUCUCACGGCAGAAAAAGAGGUCGAACGGCGUACUUCGAGUAAGAAGAGAGGGUGAUUUCAUCUUUAAAAAAUUGUGAGUAAUUCAAAUCACUCGUAAUGAUAAUUUUGCUAGUUUGAUUUGCAGAGAAAUUUAGUGUUGGAAUAUUUUGUAGAAUCUUAGAUUAGCAGCACUUGGUCUCUGUUAGUAUUAGCAGUAUGUAAUAUUUUCUUAAUUGUUCUGUAGUAGGUUGUUUCAUAAAUGUCGAAGAAUUACCUUUAGGAUUUUACUGUAAUGUCAUACUUUUGGUUUAGAUUAAAUACUAAACGGAUCAUAACUUUAUUAAAUGUAAUAUUACCGCUGAUAA